AUCUUAACUUCACUUCAUAGUACACCACCACUACACUAUCAAACAAACACACCCUUGUAAUAAAGAUAGCAAAAUGGCCCGCGCAAUUGGCAAAAUGUCCUGGGAAAAAUACGCUCUAUGCCCAGUCCAAAACGCACCUCCAGCCACACUCCCCAUCUUCAUCUACGGUACGGCCUGGAAGAAAGACCGCACGGCGGAUCUAGUCCAUCAGGCCCUGCAGUCUGGGUUCCGUGCGGUGGAUACGGCUGCCCAGCCGAAGCAUUACCGGGAGGACUUGGUGGGAGAAGGCAUCCGCAGAGCUAUUCAAGACGGCUCAGUCCGACGAGAGGACCUGCAUAUUCAAACCAAGUUUACUUCGGUGCAGGGACAGGAUCCCGAGAAUAUGCCGUAUGAUCCCAGGAUUUCGGUGACGGAGCAGGCGCAUGCGUCUAUCAAGUCCUCGCUGCAUAAUCUCCGGCCAUCUGCAGGACCGGAGAGUGUGGACGAUGCAUACAUUGACAUGCUCGUUUUGCAUUCUCCCCUGUCGACGUUGGCGCAGACCAUCGAAGCCUGGAAGGCGUUUGAGUCUUACGUCCCCCAUCGCAUCCGCAAUCUAGGUAUCUCCAACUGCACCUUACCCGUACUCAAGGAACUUUCGUCCCAGGUCAACGUACCACCAGCAGUCGUGCAGAACCGAUUCUACAGUAUGACAGGUUUUGAUGUCCCGCUGCGCGCGUUCUGUCGGGAAAAUGACAUCUUGUAUCAGAGUUUCUGGACUCUAACCGCCAACCCGGAACUCGCUCGCAGCAACCCUGUCCAGCAACUUGCCUUGCAGGCCAAGAUCGGCCCGGCUGCCGCUUUGUACUGUCUGGUUCUGGGACUAGGGAAAACCACGCUGCUGAACGGGACGACAAACAAAGAUCACAUGGUUGCGGAUCUGGUUGCGCCUCAGCAUGUCGAGAAGUUCAUCGAGGAGCAGCCUGCCUUGUGGUCUAAGAUCAUUGAAGGGUUUCAAGGGCUGGUUGGAGAUUCCUCGUAAUCCCACUCUUUCUCACUGAGUCUUGAGCUUCGGAGAAUUCUAUCUGACCGGCACCAGCCCCCAUACUCAGCACCGUAUAUUUAUUUUGUUAGCGGUCAAGGUAGUCGAAUCGCAAAGACCUAGGUCGAAUCCUAGGGAAGUUUCUAGAAGACUAGAAGCCUAGCACCGGACCACGUUGGUUUGUUCAUAGGUAACAAGAUACCGGCGCGUCGGGAGAACCAAGAAUUGAGAAAAAGUCAACUGUAGAUAAAGUACGCUUGGUGUGAGAAGUACCCUGUAGAGGUACAUGUAAAUAGUUGUUUGUUGACAUCA